AUGUUCAAGGGUGCUCUAACCCCGACGAUCAUCCUGGCGGCUUAUCAGAGUGACGCCUGGUCGGCCCAAUAUAGCACCCUUGGAUACUUGAUUGGAGUCAUGGCCCAGCUCUCGUUGGUAACGCAGCCGCGCGCAAAGUUUGUUCAGACCAUGCUGGUGCAAGUCCUGAUGGUGUGCCUGGCCACCGCACUCGCAAUCCUGGCUUCGUACUGCUCGGUUCAAGCGAGGAUCAGCUCUGAAGGCUAUACUGGACCGGGUACUGGAGGUCCGGGGACCAGUGGAGAGGCGUCUCGAGGCGCGGAGACUUCCACUUACAACAGCUCUGCCUCCGCGGUAGUAGGAGUCUGGCUGUUCAUCGAGAUUUAUGGCGUCAGCGCGUUUCGUGCACAUUUCCCACAAUACAACCUCCCCAGCAUUCAGUUCGCUAUUGUUACAAACGUAGCGCUCACUUAUGCUCCGCAGUUCAGCACUAUCGCGCAGGCCGAGUCACUGUGUCUGCGUUUGCUAUCCGCUGUUCUGUCUGGGUUCGCCGUGGCUACCGGGGUUUCGUUGCUUGUCUUCCCGCUGACUAGUCGACAUUUGUUGUUCAAUGAAAUGACCAACCUGAUCACGCAACUGCGAGCCGCCGUAGGGGCAAAUCAAGCGUAUCUAUCGAGCUUGGAAAAUACGGAUAUGUUUGCAGCACAACGGACGAAUACCGCGGGCGAGAGACCUCCUCAGAGCCCUGAAGCCCAAGCACUUCAAUCCAAGAUGAAGGCAGUAUCCGCCGUCCAGGCCAAAUGUGCCACCAACCUGACCUUUGCCGUUCGCGAAGUUGCGUUUGGCAAGCUUGGGCCCGAUGAUCUCAAACAAUUGCACAAGCUCCUGCAAGCCAUUUCGAUUCCAAUGGUGGGUCUGAGCUGCUUGUCUGCCAUUUUCGAACGCAUCAGUGAGGAAAGAGGGUGGGAUCGUGCCAACCGCUUCCCCCACGCCAGCCGCUCGGACUCCCUCGCCCACCCGGAGCAGGGAAGACUGGAGUCCAUCAACGAGUGGCACGAGCUCAUCGGGGUUCUCAAAGAACCUUUCGAAGGGCUUACAGAUGUCAUCGACGCGGGCCUGUUACAUUGUGCAAUCACUUUGCAAUUGUCGAAGGAACCAGGAACGCCACCCAAGGAUCGCGAUGACGAGUCGCGCGGAGACACGCCUAGACCUGGUGACUCCAACUUUGGAGAGUAUCUCUCGCGUCGGGCGGAUCAAUUUCUCCAAAGCAAGCAGAUCACCCUCCGUGUCUGGUGUAAUCUGCACGACAUUCAACUCCCCAACGAUUACUUUACAGAGCGAACUCAGCCAAUCAUUGAGCUGCCUGCCUGGAUGAAAGACACUGCAUCUGCCGAAAGAGUCCGGCUGCGUACGCAGCUAACGAUACUAUUGUAUGUUGAGUUCUUGUUGUGGAAGCUGGCCAGGAGAACACACGACCUGGUCAAAUAUGCAGACGACCUCAAAGCGUCUGGCAAGCUGCGCAGAACCCGCUUCGUCUUACCAGGCUACAAGCGCUUGCGAAAGUGGCUUUUCAGUGCGAUGCAUGGGCAGGAUGCUAGUGAACACGACUUGUCCGAGGCGGCGCAGGUUUCUCUGGGCCAAGCAUAUAAGAGGAAGAAAGAUCCCGAGCAUCUGCCACCGAAAACCCAAUGGGAAAGAUGCAGCGAUGUGUUCCGACGAUCUGCCCGUAUCUUCGGCUCUUCAGAAUCCUUGUUUGCAUUUCGAGUGGCCACAGCCACCCUUUCCAUUGCAGUCAUAAAUCUGCUUCACAUCUCCCAAGUCUUCUUCACGAAAGAACGACUAUUCUGGGCGCAGAUCAUGGCCAGCAUCGCAAUGGUCCCUUCCGCAGGUCAAAGCCUACGGGUCUUUAUGCUCCGAAUAUUUGGGACGGCCGCAGCUAUGGUAGUUGCUAUUGCCGCGUAUUACAUCGUGGAUGGAAAGACGGCAGGGAUUCUAGUCUUGUACUUUAUCUUCAACUUGCCGGGGAUGUUUGUAAUGCUUCGAUUCCCAGCCAUCGUCGCGGUCGGUUUGAUAUCCUCUAUUACGUUGACUUUGAUACUUGGUUAUGGGCUUCAGGUGCGAAAGGUCGGAAUACAGAGAGCCGAAUCCAAUGGGCAAGAAUACUACCCGGUCUACGAACUCGCCCCAAUCCGCUUGCUCACGGUCAUGGCGGGGAUCUUUGUCGCAUGGAUAUUCUCGGUAUUUCCGUAUCCGAUAACCGAGCACUCGCAACUGCGAAAGAACACGGCCAACUCCCUCUACCUACUCGCAAACUACUACUCGACCGUGAACGAAACCACUAAGAUCAGAUUGAAAAGAGGUGGGUACUUCGAUGAGAGCAUCAAGGGGAGCGCAGCGCAAAAGCUAGCCAAAGCGAGGCUCAAGGUUCUCUCCAAAUGCAACGCUCUGCUCGCCAGCAUGCGCACUCAAACGGCCUUUGUGAAAUACGACAUUCCCGUCGGCGGCUCGUUCCCCAAGGAGCGCUACCAGUCGAUUACCGAAAGAGCUCAAAGCAUCUUGAAUUUCAUGUCUCUGAUCAGCAUUGCCUCGACCACCUUUCAAGACCUUCACGAAGGAGAGGACCAUGCUCGAUACGAAUGGGUUCGAAACCUGCGAAAGCUGGCAAAAUCGGCGGAUCUGUCCUCGCAUUCCGUCACGACUCUGUUGUCGUUGUUGUCUGCGUCGCUCAGCAACGCUCAGCCACUCCCUCCAUACCUCCAAACGCCCGAUCCGCACACCCUGGCCGACAAGAUGGACCAAUUGGAUCCCGAACUGUUGUCCGUGAGACACAUUGCCGAGCCGGGCUAUGCGAGCUUUGCAGUCAUUCAGAUUGCCUCCACGUGCAUGAUUGACGAUCUCAAGGAUCUCUUGGAAGAUGUCAAGGAGCUGGUGGGUGAGCUGGACUUUUCAUUCCAGGAUCUCGACACUCCCCUGGCGUCCAGAUCG